AUGGCAAGUGCAACACUCGGUAUGAGUAAAUCGUACAAUUCAAAUUCUGUUUUACAGAAAUCUGCUAGUCAUCUCCUGUUAGAAUUGAUCGACGAAGCAAUUGCUGCACUUGAUGUCGCAUCAGUGGAUAUUAUUGCUGAUUUUGGUUCGUCUCAUGGUGCUAAUUCGAUUCAUGCAAUGAAAACAAUCAUCGAUUACCUUCGUAGAGAGAAAAAACUUUUUAAAGAACCACUAGUCGUUCACAAUGAUCUACCAAGCAAUGACUGGACAGCGCUUUUCCAACUGCUUAAUCAAAAUCAUUCUUACAAAGGCAUCGUUAGUGGUCGUUCUUUCUACGAACAAUGUUUACCGAGUAAUUCCGUUGCAAUUGCGUAUUCAUCGACUUCCCUUCAUUGGUUAUCGAAAAAACCAGCUAAUGCAUUGAACUGUUAUCACGUUUAUUUUGUCGAUAAUCCCGAUGCGUAUCGCGCGUUUCAACAUCAAGCUGCUCUUGAUUAUUCACAGUUUUUAAAACAUCGGUCAUCUGAAUUAGUGUCCGGUGGUGUUCUUAUACUUAGUAUUCCAUGUGUUGAUAGUCAAGGAAUUAUAGGUAUCGAACGUAUUCUUGAACUUCUCUAUACAUGUGCUCAAUUGUUACCUUUAACAUCGACUGAACUACUUGAUUAUACGAAUCCAGUACAUUGUCGAUCGUAUGACGAAUGUGUCGAUGAAAAUCUCUUUUCUCAAAAUGGGUUUCAACUAAUUAAAUACACAACCGUUUCCAUUGGAUCACCACUUUAUAGAAAAUGGAAACAAGAAGAAAUUACGUUCGAUGAAUAUACUCAGUCGACGACACUAUUCACUCAAGGUUUUUCUGAAUCAAUUCUUGAACAAACACUUCGAAAACAUGGUCGAGCAGCAGAAGACAUUCCUAAUCUUCUAAAACAAUUCUGGAAUUUAUUUGAACAACAUCUAAGAAAACAACCGGAGAUAGGAGAUUAUAUUGCUCCAUUUAUUUGCCUAAUUUUGAAAAAGAAAUGA